CAUGUUCUACUACCCUGAGGUGCUCCGGCGUCACACGGGGUGUUUCGGCACCAUCUGGUUGGCCGCCACCUGCAGCUCGCGGCUGCUGCGCCGGGAGUACCUGGGGGUGGACGUGCCGCGCACCUGUGCCUCCGUGGUGUCGUUCGUGAAUGGUCGCAGCGGGUGGGAGGUCCCGCCCCCGCCGGCAGGAGCUCCGCCCCCCCGGUGCUCGCUGUACCUGGCGGCGAUGCUGCAGCUCGGGCUGGUCCGGGUGUACGUGCGGCAGUGCGGGAACCUGCUCGAGGAUGCCUCGCAGAUCCUGGACCGGCUGCACCGCGCACGGCCCCCGCUGGUGGAGAUCGACAUGAGCCCCUCCCGCCGGACCCAGCUGCUCCCCGAUUCCCAGGCUCUGAUGGUGCAGCUGGAAUUGGCCCCCGACCCCUUUUUUGGGGUGAUGGGAGUGGAGCUUCCUCAGGUAGAGGAGCUCCUGCCCCCACCCAUUGAGAUCGAGUUCCCCCGAGGGCCCCCCGUGACGGUGUCCCCCGAGUACAUCACCCUGCGGGAACCCGAAGUGCCGCCGCUGCCGCCGCCCCUGGAGGAGGAGCUGCCUGAAGUGACCCCCAGAGAGCUGCAGCUGCUGCUCGAGGCUGAGGCCGAGGAGCUGCUGCCCCCGGUGGAGGAACUGGAGGAGCUGCCGGCGCCACCCCCCAUCCCCCGUCCCCCCCCACCGGAGGAGCCCGCCCUGCCUCCCCCCAUUCCGGAGGUCCCGGUGCGUCGCCGCAUCCCCCGUCGUCGCCUCCCGCCCCACAUGGACCUCGUGCCCCACAUCUCCCCCAAGCUGUUCCGGGCACAGCUGCUCCAGCCCCAAGCCCACUGUCAGCCCCUGGUGCUGCUGGAGCCGCCCCACAGGUUCCGCCGCCCCCCAAGUGAGCUCCUGAACGCCCCCACCCACGAUUGGCUGCCCCCUGAGCUGUGGGAGCUGUGGGGACGCUGUGCCCGGCGUCCUGCCCCGCCUGCGGCCCCGCCCCCGGAGCUGCCCAGCGACUUGGAGGUGCUUCGGGAGGCCCUGGAGCCGAGUCUGCCCACCCUGAUCUCAGAAGUGUCCCUGGAGCCCCUCGAGGAGGAGCCACUGGAGAGACUGCCCCCGGCCCCACCCGUUGUCCCAGAGCUUCCGGAGCUUCCUGAGCUGGUUGAAGCUCCUCCCGACCUUCGGAGACUGAUCCUGGAGCACGCCCAGCGCCCGGGGGGAUCGGAGCUGACGGCCAUGCUGCCCCCGGGGGCGUCCCGCGCACGCGUGGCAAAGAUCUUUGCCCUCAGCCUCGAGCUCUGUGGUGCCCAUACGGUGCGCCUGGACCAGCCUCGUCCCUACGGACCAAUCACUGUCUCGCUCCGUCCCCACGCGGAAUAAACCCCACCUUCUUCUGGCCUGUCCUGGGCAUUUAUUGGCUGCCAGUGAUGUCACUCGGGGGAGGGGGCAGGGCCUCUAGCACCUCUUGCAGGUGUGUGGGUGGGGCCCAGCCUGGCCACGCCUACCUGGAGGUCCACUGCGUGGGGCAGGGACUCGACAGUGAUGGGAAUGGGGCAGAGCCCUCUUUACCUGGGGGCACCAGGGGAUACACCUGGGACAUGCACAGUGCCCUGGGGCAUCAUGGGAUGGCACCUGGGGGGAGUUGGCAUCACUUGCACACAUGUGGACGCACCUCGGGGGCACCUGAGGGGGGUUGGGAACACCUGGGACACAUCUGGAUGUCCCUCAAGGUCACCUGGACACUCCUGGGGUAACCUGGGGGGAAGGUGAGAGGGCCUAGGGGGGAUGAUGCUGCGGUCACCUGGACACCCCUGAGGGGGUCGGGGGGUCUCACCCCACCUGCUCGAGCGGCACCUGCAACUGGUCAUGGGUGAGGGGCAGCACCUGGGACCAGUAUAAACCAGUAUGGAGUCAUGGCUGCCCCAUAAUGACCUGCAAGUGCCCCAUAGAGACCUCCAAGUUGCCUCCAUCUGCCCCAGUACAGACCAGUAUGGACCAGUGCAAAUUCAUGGUUGCCCCAUAAUGAACCACAGAGAGCCCCAUGUGUCCCCAUCUGCCCCAGUACAGACCAAUAUAAACCAGUAUGGACACCCCAUUACCAGCACAGCAGGUGCAAAGGGAAGGCACACAAUACAUUUGGGGCUUUCUGAGUGGUCGGGGGGGGGGCAGAGGAUCUA